CAGUGGCGCCACGUAUAUGCGAACGUAGCGAUUGCUUUCGAAGGUGACGUGUUGCUGUGUAUAGUUCUACGUAAAGUUUUACUUGCUGUUUCUUUUGCUGUGCUAUUAACAGCACUGCAAUUCGAUAAACAUGUUAAAGCACGGAAGUAUAUUUAUUAUUUUUCUGUGCAUCCUCGAAUAUGGGACUGGUCUUUACUUUCACAUUGCUGAGACCGAACGAAAGUGUUUCAUCGAAGAGAUUCCAGAUGAAACGACAGUUGUAGUGAAUUAUAAAGUGGAAUUAUAUGAUCCACGAACCGGUGGAUUUGCACCGAGCAGCCCUGCAAUGGGAAUGCACGUGGAAGUUCGUGAUCCUGACGAUAAAAUGAUACUUUCUAGAGUAUAUAGUUCAGAAGGAAGAAUUUCUUUCACUUCUCACACACCUGGAGAACAUAUUAUUUGCUUAUAUUCUAACAGUAGCUCCUGGUUCAGUGGUACUCAAUUGAGGGUGCAUUUAGAUAUCCAAGUGGGUGAACAUGCUAUUGACUAUGCUAAUACAGCUCAAAAGGAAAAAUUUACUGAACUACAACUGAAGAUACGUCAACUUCUUGAUCAAGUAGAACAAAUAACGAAAGAGCAAAAUUAUCAAAGGUAUCGAGAAGAACGCUUUAGACAAACAUCUGAAAGCACACAUCGUCGCGUAUUCUGGUGGUCUCUUGCUCAGUCUGUAGUUUUAGUAAUCAUGGGUGCAUGGCAGAUGAAACAUUUGAAGAGCUUCUUUGAGUAUAAGAAAUUAGUAUAAGAACAGAACCAAUUAUUCUUAAAAUAUUAGUCAUUUUAUAAAUAUCAGUUCCCUCAUUAUGUCAAACCUACAUUAUAAUUUAUUAAAGAACACAAAUUGGAAUAUGAACACUGGAAUGACCCUUUUUCAAAAGAUUUGUACUUUCCAUAUGUACAUUCACAUAUGCGCAGUGAUCGGUGUAUUUAAUAAUGAUUAAAAUUUAAAUGUAAUAAAAAUAUUAUAUGAAGUGAA